AUGAAAGUCUCCCGCGAAGGUUGGCAAUGGACCCCCAGCUCUGGGCUGAAGGCCGGAUUACCUUCCAUUGGCGUUAUCGAGCCAACCCAGAAUUUCCAAUCUGUCAAUGAGACUUUUGAUGUGGUGGUGAUUGGCGCUGGAUAUACUGGCCUAACUGCUGCAAGAGACACAUCUACAAAUGGCUUAAACACGUUGCUCCUCGAAGGGCGAGAUAGGAUCGGAGGGCGAACAUGGUCGUCGAAUAUCGAGGGGUAUCCAUACGAGAUAGGAGGAACCUGGGUCCAUUGGUUCCAACCUCAUGUAUAUCGCGAACUCUCACGAUAUGGGCUCAAUGAAGAGCUCGUCCAUUCGACGGACUUUACCCAUAAGCGUAACUUUUUCAGCUUCGAAACUGGUACCGGCCGGCGGGAAAUGAGCCAUGAGGAAGAGGAUGAGUUGUUUUCACGAGCGAUCGAGAAGUUUGUCAAUGUUGAUGGCAACCUUGGCCGCACUGUGAUGCCCUUUCCCUUUAAUGCUCACUGGAACAAAGAUGUCCUUCAGUAUUCGAACCUUUCGGUAGCAGAUCGCAUAGCACAGAUUAGUCACGACCUUUCCAGUGAUGAGCAGCAUGCAAUUGAGGCAUUUGUGCUUCUUUGCAGUGGUGGGACACGCGAGAACUCUGCAUUCCUGGACUUCCUCCGCUGGUGGGCUGCAGGGAAUUAUAAUUACAAAACGCUGUUAGACACAAUCAUCACCUUCAAGCUGAAAUGCGGUCAGUCUGGCUUUGCGAUCAAGUUUUUUAAGGAAGCGCUUGCGACGGGUAAUUUCUCAUAUGCUUUCAACAAAACGGUGUCUCGAGUGGAUUUCUCCAGUGGUAUUGUCCAGGUACAAACUGUGGAUGGGCAGAGUUUCCAGGCCAAAAGACUUAUCUGUACUGUUCCACUGAACGUACUGAGCAAAGUCCAAUUCAGUCCAGCCCUGGACCGGGCCAAGCAAGAAGCGGCCACACUCAGGCAUGUCAAUCAAUGCGUCAAAAUACACGCCGAGAUCCAGGACCCGGAUAUGAGAUCCUGGAGUGGUGUUACCUACCCCAACAAUGGGCUUGUAAUCGGGCUGGCCGAUGGCCGAACGCCAGCUGGGACGACACACUGCGUAUUCUUUGGAUGCAAUGCAAAUCUUCAUGGUGACGAAGACAUUACGAAAACGCUGAAGGCAGUCAAGAGAUUUGCGCCCAUGGACGUUGAGCGUUUGGUAUUCCACAACUGGUCCAAGGACGAGUUUGCUGAAGGUGCAUGGGUCUGGUAUCGCCCAGGUAUGGAGACUAAGUAUUUGAAAGCUCUGAGAAAGAGGCAAGGACCGGUCCUGUUUGCCAACUCAGACUGGGCCUCUGGAGGCUGGCGAAGCUUCAUUGAUGGCGCGAUUCAAUCAGGAACAGAAGCAGCAAAGCUGGUUCGAGAUGAGCUCAAAUCCGGAUUGAGAUGUUGUCGACUUUAA